CAGCAGCAGAUGCUGCUAGUGAGUGGAAGGAGAGAGGGGGGUGAGAAACCUAACAAAACCGCAACCUUCUACCGUGGAAACUGCAGUUUUAUUCGAAAACACCACGAUUGUUACAUUAUUUAUAUACACACAACGUGACUAGUUUGAAAAACAUCGUAAUUUAACCCAAGGUAUCUGUGCCAAGUGUAUUAUAGACCCAUAUCUAAUUAAACUAGCAAUGGCGUUGAAAAGAAUUCAAAAGUGACACCCUUCACCCCAACUCCGUGCUCAACCAGACAACCGUCAUCAAACUGAUAUAGGGAACUGACAGAUUUGCAGAGGGAUCCACCUGCACAAUGCUCAGCGGGACCAGUUGGAGAUGAUUUGUUUCACUGGCAGGCAACAAUAAUGGGUCCGAAUGACAGUCCUUAUCAGGGAGGAGUGUUCUUCUUGACUAUUCACUUCCCUACAGAUUACCCCUUCAAACCACCAAAGGUUGCGUUCACGACAAAGAUCUACCACCCUAAUAUCAACAGCAAUGGAAGUAUUUGUCUGGAUAUAUUGAGAUCGCAAUGGUCGCCUGCACUCACUGUAUCAAAAGUUCUCUUGUCAAUCUGCUCUCUGCUUUGCGAUCCGAACCCAGAUGACCCGCUUGUACCAGAGAUUGCACACACCUACAAAGCUGACAGGGAAAAGUACAACAGACUAGCAAGAGAAUGGACACAGAAGUAUGCAAUGUGAAAAUGCCUGUUAAAUUAAAACACUAAAAGAAGAAAAUAAACAUGUUCAAUAUUAACCCAAGGCAAAGGAACAAGAGGGGAAACAUAACUAGACACUUGGGUUGGAGAAGGAAGCGAUAAAAUAAGGGACAGUGCAACCUGGCUGCUAAGUGCUGAGCUGCUGCCAUUUGCUGUUCUUCAUGACUUGUAUGGAUCUGCUGAGGAACUCCUGAAAGCACUCCCUUAUGGAAUACUGGAACCUCCUCAUGUUCCAAACCACCACACCCAGACUUUAACUAUUACUACUUCUAUUGUGACUAUUAUCAGUGUUACUAUUCAUACUCUUAUUAUGAUCACUGUUGUUAUUAUCAUAAUGAUUGUGUUCUACUGAAUGCUGAAACAUUGGGUUUGAAUUUGAAGGGGACUCGUUAGCGGCUUGGUUCUCCCUCCUUUCAAAGGUACUUUCUUUGUCCCUCUGGAUGUCUUGUUCAUGUAUUCAGUGGCCUUGCUGUAUUAUUGUAAUAACCUCUUCUCAGAUGUUAGCUGUGAAAUUGAGGUGGAGUGCUCAGCACAAUGGUGCAUGGCUAUAUCCAGCAGCGUAGUUCUAUUGCCCACAAAGUCUUGAAAUAAGGUCUCGGGUUGGUCUCAAACCCAGACAUAAUGUAAGAUAAGUAAUUUUGCUUCCCCCUGAGCCAAUUUUGUUUUCACUCAAUGCAUUUGGAAAGGUCCCAAAUGCAGUGACAGGUGGUCUUUGAAGAGCCUGGAUAGAGGUGCAAUCAAGGUGAGCUGGACUGGUAUCUGCUCAUGGGAAAGCGACCAGGGAAAAAGUUCUGAAACUGCCACUACUUUUAUCACUUGUCAUCUAUGUCCUUUUCCUUGUCCUAGAUCCAUCCAGGGCUAGCAUCUUGCCAUAUAACAUCCAACUGUAAAGACACUUAAACCCUGGUAAAGCUCAUCUCUGAGAUUAACUCCUCCCAGCCAUACAAUGCCACUUUCUAAAUACAGUAGCUCAGGUAUAUAUCCAACUCACCUGUCUGAAAUGGCACUGUAGUGAGAGAAAUGAGCAGACCUGUUUUGCACAGUGAGUUACUGCUUUAAUCCAGAAGUUGUGUUUUUGGAUGUCUGAAUGGGUCAUUCAUUAGCUUUCCCCUUCACAAUUUAUCAAAUUGUUUUACUGUACAACACUGAUGUGAAUGUUUUCAAACAGGUUUUGUUGAUGCUUCGAGAGACUGCACAUGCUAAUGUUUUGGAUAUGCCAUUGGUUUAAAAUUAUUUUUUUUAAUCCCCAUUAGAUGGGAGUUUAAAGACUUCCUUUAUUCAUAAAUCUGCAACAGUUUUUCAUUAAACAUUUAGUUUUGUUUUUAGUUUGACUAAAUUCAGA